AUGGUUAUGCAAAAUACUAUAGCGGUUAAAGACUUCUGGCAAAGUGUGGAGGAGUUAAAUAGGCGAAACGAGAUCAAUAAUUCAAAGGUAAAAUAUAUUGAUAAUCUCGAAAAAUCUACCUAUGAAGUACUAGACGAUACUAGAUCAUAUGUUAUUGAAGAUGUUAAAGCAGAAACUGGAAAGCGCAAGUCUGCCGGAAGUGAGAUCCCAACUCGUUACGAUCGAAAUAAAUCAAGUGAAGGUCAGAGUAUUGUCUUUGAAUCUGGUCAUGAUGAACAAAAACAAACAAAGCGAGUUCGCUUUCAUAAAGAAAAGUCGAAGAAAACAUCAGGAAAAAGGGGAAAUGCAUUGCCUGAUGGUACCAGACUUGAGAAGGCGACUCCUCUGAAUCUCGCACCGUCAGAUGAUAAAUGUAAAGACAAUGAUCCAUCGUUAAUGUUAACUCCGCCGGACAGUGUUGAGAAUCGGAAAACAUUCGGGUAUAUAAAUAGCUAUGAUUUGGGUGACGAAGUAGACAAUUUUUUUAAAAGUCCCACCGAAAAAAAAUCGCCCAGUCCGUCUGAAGACGAAACGGAUGACGAGGAGGGUGAGGUAGCAGAGAAGCAUGAGCGAGAUGAAUUUCCUUGGUGCCCCAAUUGUGACGCGGAGAUUAAUAUUUUGGAUAUCACAUUUUGCCCGUACUGCGGAAAAAAUAUAUUGUCAGAUGAUGAUUCAGAUGGGGAAAAUAUAACAGACGAUAUUGAAGAAGACACGGAUACUCCUCCUAAAUGGUCCAAAUCCAGAAGUAGUCGAGUUCAUAUGGCUACAGUAGAAGAACAGUCUGAUCCCAUUUUUUCUGAUGAUGAUACAUCAAAACCUGAGGACAAUGAUUAUAACUCUGAUAAUUCGUCAGCCGUGAAUUGCGCUAAGCAACGUGGAUAUCCCGAUAAAUCCUCAGAGUCUAAGGUCUCUAGUAAAUCCGAGCUUUGUAAGGUAAAGCAAGACAAUAAUUUUUCUUCCGCCCAUAAUGCCUCAUCAGAUAAAGAUAGUCAUGCAAGCUAA